AUGUCUCUGCAGGGCGAGGACGCGUUGGUGGCUUUCGAGAGUUUCAGUUUCCUGGUGAAGUGCCUGGGUGUCAAUCCGCCCAUCUCUUGUGAACGCAAACGGGCACGGUGUGGCCACCAAUGUCUCAACGUACUGUCGAUCCUCCUUUCCACGGCAUUCUACAGCUACCUGCUGGCUUCGUCGCUAGACUCACAGCUGCUGAAGGUCAACUGGAAAUCACUGAUCAUCGCGCGUUUGCACGAUCUCUACUUUAUUCUCCGCUACCUCACCGUGAUCGUGGUGCAGCUGCAUGUCCUUCGAACUGGCGGUGAAACAAAUCGCCUGUUUCGUGCGCUCAACAACAUUUCCAACGCCAUAAGCCUGCUGGCCAAUCGUAAAGGAUUCACUUGCACGGUGCACUACUUCGGGACGAUCAGUUUCGCCAAAAGUUUGCGCAUUUUCGCCGUAGCCUAUCCGUUGGUUUGCCUAAUGGUUUCCAGCAUAAUGAUCAACACGUUCGAAUUGCAGCCCUUCGGAGGUAGCCACUUUCAGUUCGUGCGCAUUCUGUACUUUGAAACGUACGUUCAGCUGUGGUUACAGGCAACAUUGGCCCUGCUGUUGGUUCAUUCACGGUACGAGGCGCUGAAAGAGUUGUUCGGAAUGUACUUCCCAACGAGCCCCUCGGCCAUCGGGAGCCGCGGUGAGUUCGCGAUCUGCAGCGAGAAAGAGCAGAUUAAUGUGCUGAAGCAAAUCAAGAUCCUGCACGACAAACUGAACGACGUCGUCGAGCUCGUUAAUUACUGCUUCUCGGUGCAGAUCACAUUCUGCGUCGGGCUGUGCUUCGUCAUCGGGGUCGUCUGCUCGUUCGGCCUGUUCCGCGCGUUCAUCUACCGCAACGAGCUGUUCUACAUGGGCGUAUUGAAUUUCAUCUGGUACAUGUACUAUCUGUUUUUCGUCCUGUUCUUCAUCGCCGUCGGGAGCAAAAUAACGCGCGAGGGCAAACGAAUCGGAAUCCUGGUGCACAAGGCCAUUAACUGUUCCACUUCGGAGGGCGUGAUUAGAGAACUGAACUUGUUCUCCCAACAGUUGCUCCAUCGCAGUCCCGUCAUCACGUGCGGUCUUUUCGUCUAUGACUGGACACUUUGGUACACGAUGAUUGGCGCCACGGCGACGUACCUCAUCAUCUUGAUACAGUUCGAUGUCUCCUUUCCUAACUUGGUUAACGUUAACGCAACUGCGGCUUACCGUCACGGCACAUAG